UCUAAUGAUCCAUCAAAUACAAUAGAGAAGCUCAUCUUUCUAGAUCAAUCAUUAUAAAGCUACAAUUUUUUUUUUUCUUAAUAUAGUCAUUUGAAUUGUUUCAAAAUGAUCGUAUUUUUAAUAGAAAUUAUAUCUAUUUUACCAUGGUGCAUUAAUGCGAUGGAUAAAAAUUUUUCUGAUAUACCAAAAUCAUUGGAAAUUGGAAUUGCAAGCUCGGCUUAUCAAAUUGAAGGAGCCUGGGAUAUUGAUGAUAAAAGUCCAAGUAAUUGGGAUACAUUUUCUCAUAAUUAUCCUGAUAAAAUUGCUGCACGAGUUAAUGGCGAUGUAGCAUGUGAUUCGUACAAUAAAUAUGCAGACGAUAUUAAAUGGUUAAAAAAAGGAGGAUUUAAAUUUUAUAGAUUUUCUUUAAGUUGGUCCAGAAUUUUACCAGCAGGAAGUGGUACAAAAACGAGUAAAAAAGGAAUUGAUUAUUACAAUAGAGUUAUUGAUAAACUUAUUGAAAAUAAUAUCACGCCAUAUUUAUCAAUAUAUCAUUGGGAUCAUCCUGCUUCAUUGGAUGAUAUUGGUGGUUGGUUAAACUCAACAAUUGUUGAAAAAUUUGCAAAUUAUGCAAGAAUUGCAUUCCAAGAAUUUGGUGAUAGAGUCAAAUUUUGGACAACAAUUAAUGAGCCAUAUUCCAUAUGUACACAUGCAUAUGGUACUGGCUAUUUUGCACCAGGACUAAAAUUAAAUGAAGUUGGUGCAUAUAAAUGUGGACAUAAUAUUUUAAAAGCACAUGCACGUGCAUAUGAAAUUUAUGAUAAUGAAUUUCGUUAUAAACAACAUGGUAAAAUUGGUAUUACAAAUACAUGUAUGAAUUUUUUUCCAAUUAAUAAUAAUGAAAUAAAAAGUAGUAAAAUUGCAUUUGAAUUUAAUUGUGGUUGGUUUGCAAAUCCAAUAUUUUCUAAAAAUGGUGAUUAUCCAAAAAUUAUGAAAAAAAGAAUUAAAUUAAAUAGUCAUUAUAAAGGAUAUAAAAAUUCUAUUCUUCCUAAAUUUUCAUUUAAAUGGAUACGAAGAAUAAGAAAUACAUCAGAUUAUUUUGGAUUAAAUUAUUAUACUGCAAAAAUGACUGAAAAUGUUGAAUUAAAUAAUGUUACUGGAUGGGAUGAUUAUUCGGGUGUUCGUUUAUCAAAUAAUGAAAGUUGGACUGUUGGUACUCAUUCAUGGCUUAAUAUCGUACCACAUGGUUUAUCAAGUUUACUUAAAUUAAUUAAAAAUAAAUAUGAUAAUAAGCCAAUUUAUAUAUUGGAAAAUGGAUUUCCAACAGAUGGUAGUAUGCAAGAUGAUGAUAGAAUUGAUUAUUUGUAUUUACACAUGAAACAAGUUUUAAUGGCUAUUAAAAAUUAUAAAUGUAAUGUUAAAGCUUAUACUAUUUGGACUCUUUUAGAUAAUUUUGAGUGGGCUGGUGGGUUCUCGUCACCAUUUGGAUUGAUUUACGUUAAUUUUACAGAUCCAAAUCGUGAAAGAAUACCAAGAAAAUCUUAUCAAUGGUUGAAAACUGUUUUAAGUCAACAAAAAUUAAUUCUUUAA